GCAGUGGCGGGGCCAGUCCGGCGGCGCAGCACAGAGAGCAGCUCCUCGCCGCUCAAGUAGCCGCCCGCGCAGCCGUGCCCAGCGCAGCGGCCGCAGCGCAGCCCAGCCGUACCCAGCGAGCAGCGUAGCGCGGCGCGGCCAGACCCCCGGGCACAAUGGCCACCGACGAGCUGGCUACGAAGCUGAACCGGCGGCUGCAGAUCGAGGACGGCGGCGAGGGCUCUGAUCACGAGCAGGGACAGGAGCAGUUGCCUCAGCCUGGGCUCAAUGGGGCCGCGGCCGGGGCAGGGCCCGGGGCACCCGACGAGUCCGGGGAUCCGCUGGCCAGCGCGGACUGCGAGCUCAGCGCCAAGCUGCAGCGGCGCGCAGACCUCAACCAGGGCAUCGGCGAGCCCAUGUCCCCCAGCCGGAGGGUCUUCAACCCCUACACCGAAUUCAAGGAGUUCUCCAGGAAGCAGAUCAAGGACAUGGAGAAGAUGUUUAAGCAGUAUGACGCUGGCCGAGAUGGCUUCAUCGACCUGAUGGAACUGAAGCUCAUGAUGGAGAAGCUCGAAGCUCCUCAGACGCACCUCGGUCUGAAAAACAUGAUUAAAGAAGUAGAUGAAGAUCUUGACAACAAAUUGAGCUUCCGGGAGUUCCUCCUGAUUUUCCGGAAGUCAGCAGCAGGGGAGCUGCAGGAGGACAGCGGACUUCAUGUUCUGGCCCAGCGCUCCGAAAUUGAUGUCUCAACGGAAGGCGUUAAAGGAGCCAAGAACUUUUUUGAGGCCAAAGUCCAAGCAAUCAAUGUCUCCAGCAAGUUCGAGGAGGAGAUUAAGGCCGAGCAGGAGGAACGGAAACGACAGGCCGAGGAGCAGAAACAGAGAAAAGCUGCCUUCAAGGAGCUCCAGUCGGCCUUCAAGCAGUGAGCAGAGAAGGGGCAGGGUGGGGCCUGGCCACCCCCUCCGUACCCCUGCCCUUCUGGAGGCUCAAGGAAUGCUCUCAAGGAUAGGCCAAGUAGCUCAUGGUUGAAUGGACCAAUUCUAAGAGCUGUUGCCUGUGAAUGAUGAGCCCACCUGGGCCUCAACCCAGCCUCCCAAGUCCUGCCUGUUAGCUCUUCCCGUGCUCCCUUAACAGAUAUAGCCAUUACCACCGGGCAUCCUCACCUCCGAGCUCUGCCCACUCCAGGAAUCCCCCUUUGGAUGCUAGGCCUGCCUUCCUGUCUCCUAGGCCCUCAGGACUCCACUGCAGCUCCCAGCCAUCAAACAAUCCCUUAAGAACACUCCCUUUUAGACCAGAUGUGGGCACAGACCUCCUCCCUUUUCUCCCGCCCUCUUUCUUCCUUCUCCUUUGCCCUCAUCUUGCUAUUCCUUCUCUAGCCCCUGCCAACUCUACCAGCCCCACAUGGGACCCUCAGGGUUCAAAAGAUCAUCAGCCCUUUGCUCUGGAGCCCUUUACCAUCUCUUAUGAUGUAAGAAAGGGAAAAAGACUUAGCAACCAUUCACCAAGAGGUCAGGGAACAAUGGGGCAGCCUAGAUAGAUGGAACAUAAGAUAAGUGCUCUAGAGCUGGAAGGGACUUAAAAGGACAUCUAGUCAGACCCCCCCAUUUUACAGAUGGGGAAACUGAGGCCCAGGGAAAGCUGUCACUUGCCCAAGGUCUCCCCAACAUUUCUUGCAAAGGCUCCAUUCCUUUCCCCCAGAUCUGGCAAAACAGCCUUGAAGCCCCAUGAUGGUGGUUCAAACCCUGAUGAGAACUUGC